AUGACACUACCGCGUGCAUCCAAGAAAUCCACCUCCGCAACCCCAUCCAUAGCCGCAACUCGCCAGGGCGCACAGCAGUCCCGAAGACAGAUCAUCGGCGAAGCAGAAGAGCUUGACGAUUCUGGCGAAGCCAACAGUGCAGGCGAUGACGAAGAUUCAGGGCACGAAGGGACACAAGCAUCACAGAACACUUCCGAUGGCCCGCUGGAGCACCUGAUGGCGAAGAUGGUAGAGGACCAACGCAAGCGUUACGACAUGUUAAAGAAAAACGUAGGUAGGACUUACAACAACCAUUACGACAAUAUCGAAGAGUCCAUCAACAUUGUAUACGACACACACGAACAAGAGGCGUCAACAGCCCACCAAGCGCAGCUCAAACGCCUCCAAGACCUAUUCGACCAAAAGACUAGCAUCGAGACCGCUAUGACAAGGCAGCUAGCAAGCUUGCAAAAGAUAUACCAUGCGCACUCUCGUGAUCUGGAGGCAGUCGUUGACCGCCGACUAAGAGAGAUGAAGUGA